AUGGGUGGAGAGUGCCUAUGUUUUUCGUGGACUUGCAGACCGCUGUGGCCAGUUUUUGCUGUCCUGGCUCUGAUUCCCUGUUUGUUGCACUGCUCAACUCCAGCACCAGUUGUUGGGAAAAUGUAUCCACGCGGAAAUCACUGGGCUGUAGGUCAUUUAAUGGGCAAGAAGAGCAUUAAGAGCUUGGCUCAACUAAAGGAAACCGUGGACAGUGGCUACCUCACACCCUCAGAAGCAGUCAGGGUUUCUGACCAGGACAGACAGGAACGACCCAUCAAGGCUCUGCAACCAAAGACACAAAAACAGAUGAUACCUCAAAGGCUGCAUCAGCUCCACAGCAGCUGGAGAGAAGAGGACACCGCAAAAUACCUCAGAGAGGUGUCAGAGCUGUUUUUUCUGGCUUUGGAGCUGAAAGAAAACGAGUCCUCCUGAAGACAAGACAGCCAGCAUCAUCUGCUUAACCUGUUCUGUAAUCACAAAUGCACAGUGUACAUAUCCUGCUGUAAGAAUAUGCCGUAAACACACAAGAAAGAUUUCCUUUUCAGUCAUUCAUAUUUUCUAUAUGCAAAUCAUG